CUUCCCCUCUUUAUAUACGCGACACCGAACUAUAGGCCUCACUGGAGCAGAAGCUGUCCUCCUUGGAGAGAGGGAGAGAGAGAAUGGCAGAAGCCACCGCUUCGAAGCUCUCCCUACUCCUCCUCCUGCUCUGCAUCUCCGCCGGUGAGCUCACCUCAGCCGCCACCUCCUCCACCGAUUUCAUCCGGUCCUCCUGCGGCAGCACCACCUACCCGGCCCUCUGCGUCAAGUGCCUCUCCGCCUACGCCCCCUCCGUCCGCCGCAGCCCCCGCGAGCUCGCCCGGGCCGCACUCACAGUCAGCGCCGACCGGGCCCGGUCCGCCUCCGCCUACAUCGCCCGCCUCUCGGCCGGCGGCGGCUCCAAGGCCAUCAAUGCCCGCGAGGCUGGCGCCGUCCGGGACUGCCUCGACAACAUGGCCGACAGCGUGGACCAGCUCCGGCAGUCGGCCCAGGAGAUGGGCCGGCUCGGCCGAGCCGGAUCGGCCGGGUUCAUGUGGCACCUGAGCAACGUCCAGACCUGGUGCAGCGCCGCCCUCACCGACGAGAACACUUGCUUGGAUAGCCUGUCGCAGUCCGGCUCCGGUGGUGCAGCAAAGGAAGCCAUCAGGAAGAAGGUGGUCGAGGUGGCCCAGCUCACCAGCAAUGCUCUUGUCCUUGUGAACCGGAACGGUCCAAACUAUUGAACCGGCUCAGUUGGUAUGGGGUUGUGCGUGUGUCCAAUUAUGUUAUCCUCUCUCCAGCAAGCGGAAGAGGAAACUAAUAUGUUCUACUGGGUUUUGUUGUGUUAUCGUUGCUUAGUAUUUCCUUGGUUGUUCCGUUUCAAUUAGAAGAUGGCGAUGAAUGUGUUGUGGAAGAGUGCAUGUAAAAUAGGAGCAAAGUUUUAAAAGUUGUACAUGAUCAACAUUAAGGUUUUGGGAUCUAUAUAAAGUGUAUCAUAAUCUCACUCA